CCGGAAGCUGCAGUCACUCGCCGGAAGUACUGGCUGCUUGGACGCAACUGGAGCAGCCGGGAGCUGCCACGUCUGAGAGAGACACCAGAGGGACAGAGGCGGCGCACACAGGGCCCGUGAAGCGGACACCAUGGUUUCCGUAAUCAACACAGUGGACACCUCCCAUGAGGAUAUGAUUCACGAUGCUCAGAUGGAUUACUAUGGUACACGACUUGCCACCUGCUCCUCUGACAGAUCCGUGAAGAUCUUUGAUGUGAAGAAUGGCGGUCAGAUACUGAUUGCUGAUCUGCGGGGUCAUGAGGGGCCAGUUUGGCAAGUGGCCUGGGCUCAUCCCAUGUAUGGCAACAUCUUGGCCUCCUGCUCCUAUGACAGGAAAGUCAUUAUAUGGAAAGAAGAAAACGGGACCUGGGACAAAACAUAUGAAUACACAGGCCACGACUCUUCAGUGAAUUCUGUGUGCUGGGCUCCUCAUGACUUUGGGCUGAUGUUGGCCUGUGGCAGUUCAGAUGGUGCAAUUUCUCUCCUCACUUACACGGGUGACGGUCCCUGGGAUGUCAAAAAGAUAAGCAACGCACAUACGAUCGGGUGUAAUGCAGUCAGCUGGGCUCCUUCUGUUGUCCCAGGCAGUUUGGUGGAUCAGCCAUCUGGACAGAGACCAAGCUAUAUCAAGAGAUUCGUCUCUGGUGGAUGUGACAACCUUGUUAAAAUUUGGAGAGAAGAGGACGGGCAGUGGAAAGAAGAUCAGAAGCUGGAGGCGCACAGUGACUGGGUGCGGGAUGUGGCCUGGGCACCUUCUAUUGGUCUCCCUACCAGCACCAUAGCCAGUUGUUCUCAGGAUGGCAGAGUUUACAUCUGGACCUGUGAUGACCCAUCCAAUAACAGCUGGACCCCAAAACUUCUACACAAGUUUAAUGAUGUAGUCUGGCACGUGAGCUGGUCCAUCACAGCCAACAUCCUGGCCGUGUCUGGGGGAGACAACAAGGUCACCCUGUGGAAGGAGUCUGUGGAUGGCCAGUGGGCAAUGAUCAGUGAUGUAAACAAAGGACAAGGGGCUGUGUCUGCAGCGACAGACGGACACCAGAACGAGCAGUGACACCUCUGUGCAUCCCAAAGAUUAAUUCCAUUUUCUUGCUCUGUAAGAAUUAAUCAUGAAAGGACAGUUUUACCCUGAUACGUAUAAAAUCAUUCAUGACCAAGUGGACCUGCAUACUCCUCUCCCACUUCCUUCUGAGAUUGCAGAUUUGGGGGGGCAUUCAACAAUUGCUCAGCAUUUUCCCCCUUUAUUUUUACUAAAUUAUUGGUUACACCAGUGCAAACAGUAAACACUGUCAACUGCAAUGAUCACGACCUGGAAUCUCCCUAUAAAUGUUUUAUAAAAUUUCAAUGUUGCCCAUUUUGCUCUUUAUUUGUAAACUUUGUUAAUUCUUGGAUUAAAAUAUCUACUUGUUGAA